AUCAUUCCAUUUCAUAACCAAGGCGAAAGAAAACAAGGGGAGAGAAAGAGUGAAGAGAUCGCCUUCCUCAGUCUUUUGUGUAUUAAGCCCUAAGAAUUCUUGCCUUUCUCACUGUAAGUAAGUGCAAAAGUUGUUGAGCUUUUGUGACGAGUCUUACCGAGGUUCUGAGCCUUUUCUUCUAACAUUCUUGUUCUUCCCUUGGCAUGGCGACCAAUGAAAAUCUUCCACCAAAUGUUAUAAAGCAACUGGCGAAGGAAUUGAAGAGUCUUGAUGAAUCGCCUCCGGAAGGCAUUAAAGUUAGUGUAAAUGAUGACGACUUUUCGAUCAUUUAUGCUGACAUUGAAGGGCCAGCUGGGACUCCGUAUGAAAAUGGUGUUUUCCGUAUGAAGUUGUUACUGUCUCACGACUUCCCUCAUUCUCCUCCAAAAGGCUACUUCCUGACAAAGAUUUUCCAUCCUAAUAUUGCGACCAAUGGUGAAAUUUGCGUAAACACGCUAAAAAAGGAUUGGAACCCAAGUCUUGGAUUACGGCACGUGCUCAUUGUAGUUAGGUGUUUAUUGAUUGAACCAUUUCCAGAAUCAGCUCUAAAUGAACAGGCUGGCAAGAUGCUGCUUGAAAACUAUGACGAGUAUGCCCGACAUGCCAGGCUUUAUACCGGAAUCCAUGCGAAGCCGAAACCCAAGUUCAAAUCAGGAGCUAUUUGUGAGUCAACUACGGCACUGAACGUGGAGCAGCGUAACACCUCGGUUCUGAAUUUUGAGCAGAAAAAUGCAGCAAGCAGUGCCGGGUUAUCAUUACCAACCCCACUCGCUCCAUCAACCGCAUCAACAAAAGGAGGCAACAAUCCGGACCACCAGCAUCAACAGUCCACAGGUCUUGCAAGUGAAACCGGGGUUAGUGGAACCGGCAUUGUAGGAAUAUCGGGCACCACCGCGCCUAAGAAGGAAGGUUUGCCAAAAAUUCUUGCGGACAAGAAGAAAAUGGAUGCUAGAAAGAAAAGUCUCAAGAGAUUGUAAAGUCAUGGUGUCUUAAGUAAUAAAACAACGUAAGGCGUUCGGAAACUGGUUGUUUGUAAUGGGUGCUUUAAUUUGGGAAGGUGAUGAAUGCUUUAAUUUGCUUUAGGAACCUUUUUUACAAGGUUUAAUUAUAUGAUAUGUUUUCGUCUAUCUUUGUAACACACAUUUCUUUGUCUUUUGGUACAUUUUCGUUCGUCUGACUUUUUUUUA